GUUCACCAUCACCAAACCAUUUCUUCGGGUGCUUAGAAUCAAAAUUUCAAAACUAUCCACAGACAAACUUAUCUUUACAUACAAACCCCAAUGGGCGACGGUGCAAUAAUGCCACAAAUCGCAAUACCCUUUUCUGAAAAUCAAACGAGUUCCUCAGCAGACAAGUUGGUUGGUGAAUAACCCAUUUGGUUCAGUACAACAACCACGCAAGGUACUGUUACACCUAAACCCUCCAACGAUCAUAUUCUUCAAAGCAGCUUUUCAAAAAAGAAAAAAUUCCUCUAAGGAAAGGCAGAGAGGGAGAGUGGUAGGAGAAUUUUGUACACGCAGAGAAAUGGCGCAAGCGAGCAAAAUCUGCAAUGGGGCUCAAAAUAAUUGUACUUUCCUCAAUCUCUCGAAACCCCAAGGACCCAAAUAUCUAUCUUCAAUUUCAUUUAGAUCACAGCUUCAGGGGUCUUCACUUUCAUGGGGUUCAAAACAGUGUCAAAGAAGGGCUGAUUCUACAGAUUCUACAGUUGGUACAGUUAAGAUGAGUCCUGUUAGAGUUUCGGCUUCAGUCGCCACAGCAGAGAAGUCGGCACCAGAGAUAGUCUUGCAACCCAUUAAAGAAAUCUCCGGUACCGUCUACUUGCCGGGUUCCAAGUCUCUGUCCAAUCGGAUUCUCCUUCUUGCUGCUCUUUCUGAGGGUACAACUGUUGUUGACAACUUGCUGAAUAGUGAUGAUGUUCGUUACAUGCUUGGUGCACUGAGAACGCUUGGAUUGCGUGUGGAAGACAAUAGUGAACUCAAACAAGCCAUUGUAGAAGGUUGUGGCGGUCAUUUUCCGGUGGGUAAAGAAUCAAAGAAUGAUGUUGAACUUUUCCUCGGAAAUGCAGGAACAGCAAUGCGUCCAUUGACUGCUGCUGUUACUGCAGCGGGUGGAAAUUCAAGCUACAUACUUGAUGGGGUUCCACGAAUGCGAGAGAGACCAAUUGGAGAUUUGGUUGCUGGUCUUAAGCAGCUUGGUGCAGAUGUUGAAUGUUCUGAUACUAACUGUCCCCCUGUUCGUGUAAAUGGAAAAGGAGGACUUCCUGGGGGAAAGGUUAAGCUCUCUGGAUCAAUUAGUAGUCAAUACUUGACUGCUUUGCUCAUGGCAGCUCCUUUGGCUCUUGGAGAUGUAGAAAUUGAGAUUAUUGAUAAACUGAUAUCCAUUCCUUAUGUUGAGAUGACUUUGAAGUUAAUGGAGCGAUAUGGAGUCACCAUAGAACACAGUGGUAGCUGGGAUCAUUUCUUCGUUCGUGGUGGUCAAAAGUACAAGUCUCCUGGAAAUUCUUUUGUUGAAGGUGAUGCUUCAAGUGCCAGUUAUUUCCUGGCUGGUGCAGCAAUCACCGGUGGAACCAUCACUGUUGAAGGUUGUGGGACGAGCAGUUUGCAGGGGGAUGUAAAAUUUGCUGAGGUUCUUGAUAAAAUGGGAGCUAAAGUUACCUGGACAGAGAACAGUGUUACUGUCACUGGACCACCACGCAAUUCUCCUAAUAAAAAACACUUGCGUGCUAUUGAUGUCAACAUGAACAAAAUGCCAGAUGUUGCUAUGACGCUGGCCGUGGUUGCACUUUUUGCUGAUGGCCCUACUGCCAUAAGAGACGUGGCCAGUUGGAGAGUGAAAGAAACAGAACGGAUGAUCGCAAUUUGUACAGAGCUGAGGAAGUUAGGAGCAAAUGUUGAAGAGGGGCAAGAUUACUGUGUUAUUACUCCACCUGAGAAACUAAAAGUCGCAGAGAUCGACACUUAUGAUGAUCACAGAAUGGCCAUGGCAUUCUCCCUUGCUGCCUGUGGGGAUGUUCCAGUCACAAUCAAGGACCCUGGUUGCACAAGAAAAACUUUUCCCGACUACUUUGAAGUCCUUGAGAGGUUCACUAAGCAUUGAGCCACUCUUCAACAUUCACAAUUAACACAAGAGAGAUGGAGGUCACCCGCCAGUGUCACUGCAAGUCUGCAACCAUGACAACGAGGAAGCAAUCUAUAUAUAAUUUUUUUCCCCAUAAUCCCCAUUGUAAUCUUUGAUAAUUUGAGUUGAUAUCUGUUAUUGUGCCCCAGACUUGAAUCUUUUAAACAAGAGAACUGUAGUUGUUUCUUUUAAUUUUUCUGCCUAGGAGUGUUACUCUAUACAAAUUACAAAUUGUCCUCAAAUGACUGGAAGUUACGCAUCAAUUAGCCGGUGAAUGAUUGAACAUAACGUUUGAAGAGGA